AUGAGCUAUGUCAUUUGUCAAGAUUACCGUAACGAAGUCGUAACGCUGAUGACGUCAUACUAUCACACCAUAGAAAAGAUGGUGUUCACUCACUUUUUACUCGUGUGUUUGCUGGCAUCCGGGGUCAUGACCGAAGCUGACCCAAAGCCUGACCCGGUCGCUGCACCGGUCGCUGACCCGCUUCCCGAUCCAGUUGCUGACCCUGUAGCUGACCCAGAAGCUGAUCCUGAAGCUGACCCCGAGGCUGACCCCGGUUACCACGCCCCCUGCUAUGAUAAGACACAAUAUGUUAAUGCAUACAAGACAGAGGCUUAUCCUGUGCCCGUCUACGAGACCGUGUACAAGAAGAAGGUCGUCCCUACCACCUUGUACAAGACCUUGCACAAGACCCAGUACCAGACGGUCUAUCACACCGAGUACGUGCCCAAAUACGUCACCGAAACCUUGUACAAGACCCAGGUUAACUACGUGACCAAGCACCUGUCCAAGUACCAGACCCAGUAUCAGACCCGGUACGCCACCGACGUGCAGUACGUGCCCAAAUACGUCACCAGUACCCACUUCCACACCCACUACCAGACGCAGGUGCGCUACAACACUAUCUACGACACCCAGUACACCCCUGUUUACGUGACGAAGACCAAGGUGCAGUACCAGACCCACUACGCGACUCAGUACGCACCAAACUACAUCACUGUCGCCAAGAAUGAGAUCAUCUACAAGACCUACUGCCCCAAGCCCGUCUAUGGGUAAUAAGGGGACUGUGGGCAAGGCGCCUUAAUUUUGCGCUUUUGCUGUUUCUGCUUUAUCGACCCUUUCAUUUGAGUCUCGUAUCGUCUUCCCCCUUUUUUUU